AUGAUGACCGUGUUACCACAAGCCGAUCCAACGUCACUUGCCAGUAAAAAGCGUCGUCGCAGUAUUGAAAUAGUGGAUUCAAGUAAAUUUCUGGCUAUGCCUUUGAAUAUGUCACCACGUGCAAAGAAAUCGGUUCCUGCUACAAAACAAGGUGAAGAACUUUUGCGUCGAAGUCUUAUGGGUCUCUCACUUCAGCUUAAGCUUAAGAUGAUCCUUGUUGAAGCAUGGGCCUCGGACAUGAAUAGUGUCGUCAUGGAACGCAAUUUGUUUGCUAUCGCGAAAGAACUGGCCAUUUUGAAAGAAAUGGGCGUAUACGAGCAACAUACAUGCGUGCGAUUCCUCGAUUUGGCACGCAAUCGCAUGAUGCAAUUGUUAGAACAGACGGAACGACAUGAAACGUUGCAUAUGGCAACCGAUCAAACGUGGACUAUGGCACUAAUUCAAGCACAAGAAAGCGUCACAUCGUCUCCAACAAGUACGUCAGAAUUUCCCCUUUUGAGUGGAUUUGAUGCCAGUAGCCGCGAUAUUUCGGUCUUGUGGCGUGCCAUGUCCAUUGCACGAGACCGUGGUGCUCAAUUAUGGCACGAAAACAAGCCAGAGCAGGCACUUCCUUUCCUUUUGGCUGCUGAUUCGUACAUGAAACGUUUUACCCUCAAGUAUCAACGUUUAAAAGUGGAUCAUGCUUUGGUAGAUACGCUACAGCAACCAAAGCACGAGAUGAAGCGCACACCUUCACGUGUAUCGUUUGCAGAAGAACCACAAGUUAUGGGAGUGGCAGAUGCAGAUGUGGAUCGAACACCUAUUUGCCCUACAAAACCAUCAAAACUCGAGUCUUUACUUCUUCGGACAUCGCGGGAGUUUCCGACACCCCCAUUUUAG